UCGGAUCGGGCGAAAAGACUGACGUUGCUUAUGAAAAAAUCAUUUAUCCUAAAAAUUUAACGUAAUUUUAUUUUUAACUAAUAGAAAUUACGAAUAAAGCACAAUUAACUACGAUCCGAAACUCUUGUUAUAAAUACUUCCUGAUAGAUAAUAACAGUGGAAUAUUAGUAAAAUUAUAGAAAUGAAUUUUGCAAAUUAUUUUCUAGAAAGAAAAAAAUAUUAAAAAAUAGGAUUUAAGUUUUCUUAAUAUUACUUUAAAUUUUUAUCAGUUUUAAGACAUUUCCUCCAUCAUGCAGGUAGCACGCUUUUUUCUUUACAUUAGAAAAAAUUUAAACUUAUGUAAAAAUGAUUGAAAAUACAGUGGGUGAUCGGUUAACCAACAUAAUCCGUUCCAAGUCUUUGUUCGCUAUCCGUUGAAUGAGUUAUAUAUAUAGAUACUUCGGUGGGUUGACGUCAUUCAGCUGACCAAUCAGCGCUUUGUGUCAUCUGGAUAUUUAGCCGCACGUACGACCGAAGAUAGGUAGUCGAAAGACCAGUUAAUCUACCGACUCUGCUAUUGGCGGUUUAUGAUCACAUGACUUUAAGCCACCAUUAUUAUUCCAAACAACAACGUGUUAGCGGGUUUUGAACGAAAGCUUCGUAGAUAAAUAUAAUCGUCUAUACGUUCGUUGUCUGCAAACAAAUUAAAAUUAAUCAAAGGUUAGCGAUAUUAAGAAUAUAUAGACGAUAGUAUGACUGGAUGUGCCGCUUUCGGCUGCACAAAUCGCAGCGAGAAAGGAUUUUUGAUGAAAGUUUUUCCGAAAGAUCCUGCACGUCGUAAGCUUUGGGAAAUAAAAGUGAAAAGAGAAAACUGGAAAGCAACCGACAGUAGCUAUUUAUGUGAAGUACAUUUUCCUGAUGAUCAGUGGGAAAAAACUAGAGUUGAUGGAACUAGAAAAUUGAAGCAUAAUGCUGUCCCUUCCAUAUUUUCUUAUGCACCACUUAAAAAAUCUAGAAGGGUUCCACCAGUAAGAAAUCCACUUUCUUCAAAAACUUGUAAAAUUUCAAAAGAUGAUGCAAGUUCUGUUGAACAAGCAUCAAGUUAUGAACCAGCAACAGAUAAUUUUCAACAAGACAAUUUUACAAUAUUCAAUGAAGAUUUCAGUUUUGAGAAAUGUAAAGAUAAAGAUAAAAUAAUUGAUGAGUUAAAAAGUGUAAUAUUGAAAAAGGAUAAAAUAAUUUCUAAAUUACACUUUAAAUUAAUCAAUGUUGAUAAAAGAUUAAUUAGGAAUAGAAUACAAAAAUUUAGAGCUUGCCAGAAUGAUAAAGUUAAGACAGCUCUACAAGACAUAUUUAAAGAUGAUCAGCUAGCCUGCAUUUCUUGAAAAUCAAUGUGUUUUAAAAAAUGGUCCAAUGAAACAGUAUGUACAGCAUUAGGAUUGAGAUUGGGGUUCAAAAGGUUAUGACAGCUUACUCAAAUGCAAUCUGACUUAUCCAUCUUUAAGAACCUUACAUAGAUGAAUGGAAAACUUAAAAUUUGAAAGUGGAAUAUUGUACAAAGUGUUUGCUUUUCUUUAUCUGUUUCCAUAUUGUCAACUUAUAUUUUAAGAAAAUCAAUGUGUUUUAAUUUUGGAUGAAACAUCAUUACAAGCACUGAUUAUGACAUAUGUACUAAUACAUAUUAUGGCAAGGUAACAUUACUAAAUCAUACAGGCUUGGCUACUCAUUCACUGUUCUUUAUGUUAAGUGGUUUACAAGGUGGAAACACUGUUGCAUACUUUUAUACUAGCAACUCAACAGAUGAUUGUUUUAAAAAUUAAUUCUUGAUAUAAUUAAAUAUAGUGAAGAUGUGGGAUUAAUUGUUAAUGCUAUAACUUCUGAUAUGGAUCUGUAAAUCAGAUAAUG